AACCGAUUUGUUGGAUUAAAUUUCUACUUUUUUUCCGUACAUAAAUGGAGAUCACAGAAUAUUUCAAUGGAACGAAAUCGAUAAGAGAUAAGAUACUAUGGGAAAAGAAUCAACACCAAUGAAGACAAAAAUGUAUACUAUAGUUCGAGAUCGAUUGAUUUGACUUUGAAGCUUGCUCUUGCUGACCAACGGUAACUAAGGGAUGAUCCGCGGCUGAUCCUCGAAUGAAGCCACAUCAUCGAGCUGAUUAAAGGUUUCAUGGAUUUAAUUUAACAGAUAUGGUAUAAAAGGCCACGUCUUGGUUAAUUCAAAAACAAGGUGAGGGACUGGCAGACGGUGACCACCAACAUGUUCAACGACAGUAUUCAUUGGGAGGCGAGAGUUCUACCAGCAGGCCCACCACGUUUGUUAGGAUGGAACGUCCCUGCCGAAGAAUUGGUCCAUAUACCGGAACAUUGGCUGGUCUUUCCUGAGCCUAAUCCCUCCCUUCAUUACAUACUGGCCCUGUUAUACAUAUUAUUCACAUUUAUUGCCUUGCUUGGCAAUGGUCUCGUCAUAUGGAUAUUUUGCGCUGCCAAAUCUUUGAGGACUCCCUCGAACAUGUUCGUGGUGAAUCUUGCGAUUUGCGAUUUUGCCAUGAUGAUGAAGACACCAAUUUUUAUAUACAAUUCAUUUAACACGGGCUUUGCUUUGGGCAAUUUGGCAUGUCAGAUUUUUGCUACGAUUGGUUCAUUGUCUGGUAUUGGUGCAGCGGUAACUAAUGCUGCGAUAGCAUAUGACAGAUACAGUACCAUAGCCAGACCAUUGGAUGGGAAAUUAUCACGCGGUCAAGUGAUCCUUUUCGUCGGAUUAAUUUGGGUUUACGUUUUGCCUUGGGUAUUAAUGCCUGCCAUGGGUGUUUGGGGUCGUUAUGUACCUGAAGGAUUUCUUACAAGCUGUAGCUUUGAUUAUUUAACUGAUACUGCUGAAACAAGAUACUUUGUCUUAACUUUAUUUAUUUUCUCCUAUUGCGUACCAAUGUCACUUAUUGUGUAUUAUUACAGUCAAAUUGUUAGUCAUGUUGUUAAUCACGAAAAGGCUCUUCGAGAACAAGCAAAAAAGAUGAACGUUGAAAGUCUACGAAGUAACGCUAAUCAGAAUGCUCAAUCUGCUGAAAUUCGUAUAGCAAAGGCUGCCAUUACGAUCUGUUUCCUAUUUGUUGCCGCAUGGACACCAUACGCAGUACUUGCUAUGAUCGGUGCAUUUGGAAACAAAGCGUUGCUUACUCCCGGCGUUACUAUGAUACCUGCAUGCUUUUGCAAAAGUGUUGCCUGUAUCGAUCCAUAUGUUUAUGCGAUCAGUCAUCCAAAAUACAGGCUCGAGUUGCAAAAACGAUUGCCAUGGUUAGAGCUUCAAGAGAAACCAAUCGUAUCCGACAGUACAAGUACGACUACCGAAACUGUAAAUGCACCACCACCAGCUUCGAGUUAAUCUACUUCUACAUUUGAUACAAUAACGGAUCGAUGAUUAAAAGAAAAAAAAAAAAAAAAAAGAAAAUAAAAAAAGUACGCUUAUUAUACUCCGAUUGUACGAUUGCUUUCAUUGUAACUCAAAAUAUGUGAUUAUAUUCUUGUAUAGUAAAUGACAUUCCAAUAAAGUAAAUCCCUGGCAUAUAA